AUGCCUCGCAUCAGCAACAAAGAACAGCUGCUUACGAUUGUUAUAGGGUCUUCUUCGAUUGUUGAUGAGGUCACCCACGAACCCAUCUUGUCUAUUCUGUCCAUCAUAGUCGAGACCGCCAUCAGGUUACGCCGAGAUGGCCAUAAGGUGGUCAUUGUCUCUUCAGGCGCCAUCGCCGUUGGCCUGAAGAGGAUGGAGAUGCCCAAGCGGCCCAAACACCUAGCACAAGUACAAGCCUUGGCAGCCAUCGGCCAGUCGCGCCUCAUGUCCAUCUGGGACUCUCUCUUCGCGCACAUGGAUCAGCCUGUUGCCCAGGUCUUGAUCACGCGUAAUGACAUUGCCGAUCGGUCACAGUACCUCAACGCCCAGAAUACCCUCUCUGAAUGCCUCACGUACGGUGUCAUCCCGAUCGUUAAUGAGAACGACACCCUUGCCGUAUCCGAGAUCAAGUUCGGUGACAACGAUACUCUCUCCGCAAUCACUUCCGCCAUGGUUGGCGCCGACUACUUGUUCCUCAUGACCGAUGUUGACUGCCUAUAUGACAAAAAUCCUCGAGCAUUCCCCGAUGCCCAACCCAUCACAGUCAUCGAAGACAUCGAUUCACUUCAAGCUGAUGUAUCAAGUCGAGGCUCAGCCUUGGGAACCGGUGGUAUGGCCACCAAAAUCACAGCCGCUCGCUUGGCCACCGCGGCCGGCACCUCAACCAUUAUCACCAACUCCAGCAAACCUGGCAAUAUCUCCAAUAUCAUCCGUUACCUCCAUCCAACAACCGACCACCCAUCUUCAAGCCCCGACGGGACAGCCACGCCCGUCCCUGUCGCGCCACCCCUACACACCCGCUUCCUCCCCUCCCCAAGCCCGAUCCGCAACCGCGCCUUCUGGAUCCUGCACGGCCUCGCCCCACACGGCGCCGUCUACAUCGACCGCGGCGCCGCAUCAGCCCUCUCCCAGCACGCCGGCCUCCUCCCUGUCGGCAUCGUCCACGUCUCCGGCACCUUUGCACAACAAGAAGCCGUGCGCCUCAUCGCCGUCGACCGUGUCCCCCUUGGCAGCCUCUCCCCCCGCGGCGACUCUGAAAGCAUCAGCACCUUCACGCAGGCGCGCAUGGAGUUCGUCGACUACGAGCGCGGCGAGGAGAUCGGCCGCGCCGUCGUCAACUACUCGAGCACUGAGGUCGCGCGCAUCAAAGGUCUGCGCAGCAAAGAGAUCGAGGGCGUCCUCGGCUACGCCGAUAGCGAGUACGUCGCCUUCCGCGAGAAUGUCAGCCUGCUCGAGCACGCACGCAGCAACACGGCCAGCAGGCCGGAGACACCCGCGCCGCAGACCCUUUCCAGGAGCGUCAGCAUGAGGAGCAGCGGUGCCGGCUCCCCCGACGGCUGUAUAGCCGACCUGCGCGACCUGAGGGUCGGUGCCUAG